AUGGCUUACCCUAAUGAACCACAACCUUCUUCCUAUGCUCCAAUGCCGCUAUUCCCCGCUGCCAUAUUCGGCUCUCAAUUCUGUAUUCCGUAUCCGCUAGAGCUUGUCAUCAUGAAAAAGGUUAUGACAGUUUCAGAAGGGAACUUCUCCGUCAGUGAUCCCAACGGCAUCAUCCUCUUAAAAGUUAAAGACUCUCACUUAACCCACCGCCGUGUCUUGGUUGAUGCCGCCGACAACCCCAUCGCCACCCUACGUCGCAAGAGAGUUACUAUGCAUGAUCGAUGGGUAGUUUUUAGAGGUGAAAGCACAAAAGCUAAUGAUCUUAUAUUUACCUUGAAGAGAUCAUCUCGAAAUCAGUUUAAGACCAAAUUAAAUGUAUAUUUAGCUGGUAACACAAAAGAGAGUGUUUGUGAUUUUCAAGUUAAUGGUAGUUGGCUCCAACGUUCUUGCGCUAUUUAUGCUGGUGAAUCAAACAACAUUGUUGCCCAGAUGAACAAAAAACACAUUGUUCAGAGUGUUUUAAUUGGUAAAGACCAAUUCGGGGUUACACUUUAUCCUAAUGUUGAUUAUGCUUUUAUAGUAGCGUUAUUUGUGAUUCUUAAUGAGAUCAACGUUGAUGAAAAAGAAGAACAAGAAGAAGAAAAAGAAGAAGAAGAAAGCAGUGAAGAAGAAGAUGACUAA